AUGCCGUUCGGAAUCAUCGACUGCAAGAAGAUGGAAGUCGUGCCUGGCACGGCUUUCAUGACCGACCAGGAUGACCUGCCGCCCGAGUACGCCGACAUCCCUCGCGAACUGCUCAAGCAUGGAACCGGCCGCUACAAGGACGUCAUCCUCGUGCCGCAGCCGUCGGAUGACCCCAAUGACCCGCUAAACUGGCCCCAAUGGCGCAAAGAACUCUGCCUCUUCAUCGUCGGGCUCUCGGCCGCCGUGGUGGGCGCCUACGGGCCCAUGCUCUCGCCGGGCUUCGUGCCUGUCGCCGCGGAGCUCAACAUCUCCAUCGACGUGCUCUCCCAGUCGACCGCCUGGCUGAUCCUGACCAUCGGUCUUGGCCUGUUCCUCACGAACCCGCUGGCCAAGAUCUUCGGCCGCCGCCCCAUAUACCUCCUGUCCAUCAUCAUCAUGUUCGUCACGAGCGUCUGGGGCGCCGCCGUCACCGAGUACAACUCGUUCCUCGGCAGCCGCAUCGUCGCCGGCAUCGGCAUGGCCCCCUACGAGGUGCUGGUGCAGUGCACCAUCGGCGACAUCUACUUCGUGCAUGAGCGCGCCACCCGCAUCGCUGUGUGGAACCUGUUCCUGCUCACGGGCAUCGCCGGCGGCGCCCUGGUCGCCGGCUACAUCAUCCAGGACGACGGGUACCGGUGGACCUUUGGUGUGUGCGCCAUCUUCUUCGGCGUCCUGAUGCUGGCCGUGUUUUUCCUCGUGCCCGAGACGGCCUACCGGCGGAACGCCAUUGUCGUCGUGCCGGCCAGCGAGGACGGCAGCGAGAAGGGCGUCCACCACCUGAAGCUCGCCCACGAGCACGAGGAGGGCGGUGUGAACGGUGAUGACAAGGAAGGGUCCGCGGGAGCGCCGGCGAUCCCCAAGAAGCAGACGUACCUGCAGUCCCUGCGCAUCUUUACCGGCCGCUACUCGAACGCGCCCGGCUGGAAGCCCUUCGUCCGCCCCAUCAUCAUGUUCUUCUACCCGGCCGUGCUCUGGGGCUUCUUAGUCUACGGAACCGUCCUUACCUGGAUCGUCGUCUUCUCCGUCGUCAACGGCGUCAUCUUCGUCAACCCGCCCUACAACUUCAGCGUCAGCCAGACGGGCCUCAUCAGUCUCUCUCCCUUCAUCCUGACCAUCCUCGGCGAGGUCAUUUCGGGCCCGCUGAACGACUGGAUUUGCGUCUUCCUGACCAAGAAGAACAAGGGCAUCUACGAGCCCGAGUUCCGCCUGCCGCUCAUGUUCGUCUCGCUGAUCCUCGGCGUCGUCGGCUUCUUCGGCUUCGGCGCCACCGUCGAGUAUCAGACCCACUGGUCAGGCCCCGUCCUGUGCUUUGGCCUCGCCAACAUGAGUCUGGUGUUUGCCGCCACCUGCGUGUUCGGCUACAUCGUCGACAGCUACAAGACUCACAACGAGGAGGCGCUCGUGGCCAUCAACGCGCGGAACCUGCUCACCUUCGGCCUGACCUACUUUGUGAACUCGUGGCUCGCCGAGCAGGGCCCGCUGAUUGUCUUCUCCAUCCUGGGCUCGCUGUUCAUCUUCGUGGCGAUGCUGACCAUCCCGAUGUGGAUCUUUGGGAAGAAAUUCCGCAGCAUCACCGCCCGCAGCGAAUUCCUGAAGCGCAUGAUGAAUGAUGAGCACUGA